UCGACAGCUUCAGGAGACUUCGGCUCCGCUCGGAGGAACAGCGCUGCACUGUAUGGUGGAGAACCGUUUUACCUUUUUACCUUUUUUCUGGAAACCGGCUGUAUGAUUAAGCUACAAUCUUCAAUGACAGUUCUGUGGUGUUCUGGGUCACACAUUUAUGGAGUUUCUGAAGGGCAGUGGGGACUACUGCCAGGCUCAGCACGCUGCCUAUGCAGACGAGUGAACAGCCAAACUCGCCAUCGAUCCGACGCACUUGAGCCAAAGGAGGGACCCCGGAGAGUUGGCAGGACCGGGAAGCCUCCCAGAACCAGCGACAACUCGGCCUGGAUGGGGUAACUUCACCCGCUGCACACUGCCCUUGUUGGCUUCUGCCUGGCCAGAACCAAGGUGGAACCAGCCUUGGUUUCCCCCCCCCCUUCUUUUUCUUUUGUUUAUUCCAAAGGAGAGGGUUUUGAGUUGUUUUCUCUUUUUGUUGGCCGAGAACUACAAAAAUUUCCCCGUUUUUGCCCAUUGCAGCCUUCGUAUUUUUAGCCUAGCCAACCUCGAAGGAAAGAAGAGCGGAGGAUUUAUGUUUCUAGGUUUCUAGGAGCAGAUUUUUGUUUGACAUUCCCUCCGAGUUUUAACUCCGUGCUUACAUCAGUGUUAUUACUCUGUGGAAGACUUUUGUUAUUUUUAAGUUGUCACAAUGGCUCGUAUGAACAGACCUGCCCCUGUGGAGAUCACCUACAAAAACAUGAGGUUCCUCAUUACCCACAAUCCCACCAACGCCACCCUGAACAAAUUCAUUGAGGAGCUGAAGAAAUAUGGAGUGACCACCGUCGUGAGAGUUUGCGAGGCCACCUAUGAUGCCACCCUGGUCGUGAAAGAGGGAAUCCAAGUUCUGGAUUGGCCGUUUGACGAUGGAGCUCCUCCCUCCAACCAGAUCGUGGACGAUUGGUUGAACCUGCUGAAGCUGAAGUUCAGGGAGGAGCCCGGUUGCUGCAUCGCCGUCCACUGUGUGGCAGGGCUGGGGAGAGCUCCUGUUCUGGUGGCACUGGCCUUGAUAGAAUGUGGGAUGAAAUAUGAAGACGCUGUCCAGUUCAUUCGACAGAAGCGUCGGGGAGCAUUCAACAGCAAGCAGCUGUUCUACCUGGAGAAAUAUCGUCCAAAGAUGCGCCUGCGCUUCAAAGAUUCCAACGGCCAUCGAAACAACUGCUGCAUCCAGUAAAGCCAAACCCCGAGCCACGCCAACCCCCCAAACCAUCCACCCCCAACAUCAGAAAAGUUAAAUUCAACUUCACUGGCUUAUCACCUGGCAGUCUUGUUUUCUGAGUUAUUGUGUUGACGUUUUUUUUGUUUUUGUUUUUCAACAAUACCCUUUCCUGCCCCUGGUUCAAAAUCAAGUGUCAUAAAAAAGAAAAUAAAUGAUUUGUGUGUAACGGAGUCACCGUAUUUUCUCUUCAUGUGCCCAAAAAAAGAAAAGAAAAAGAGGUUAGUGCAGAGUUGUGUAUCGUUGUAAAGUGGGAUUAAUUCUCUGCAUCCCAAAGAUUCUGAUUGGUCAGUUUACAUCACCUGAGAAUGUACUUAAAUAGACAACAGACUUUACUUUCAUGUUACAAAUUAUUAUAAUCCCUGUACAAUUUAUGGGAUCCGUUUCCAGACUGACGAGACAGAGGUAUGCCUUCCUUAAGAUCAGAUGGUUCAUCCAUUAAUGCCUUACAAUCGAAGUGGAACAAAGGCAAUCGAGGCGGGAGUCAACCCCCUCUGGCAUUUGGUAAAGGUGUUUCAUUUUUCUACUCGGAACAAAAAAAAACGUUGCCUUUGUCUUGUGCAGGAAGUCUUACACUCACUUAUGCCCUUUCAGUAACUAUUUUUAAAUAUAAAACGCUUAAUUGUUGCAAUAUUUAUUUGUCAAUUGAAAGUCUAGGACCUUGUUUAUUUUCUCUAUCAAAUCUUCUGUUUACUUAUUAACUGCCAUGUCAGAAAAUGUGAUUUUUUUUUUUCUUCUUUUUUUGCUUCAAACUGGACUUCCAACGUCUGCGAUAUUUUGUAUGCCUUUUUAUUUGAUGUCCGUAACUUAAGACUUGGAUACUUGAUGAUUUUAUGUAUUUGAAAAUGUGUACUAUUAUUAUUAGGUUGGCUAUUUAUACUAUCAAUGGAUGUGUGAUUUAGUACCGUGAGCGACAGUUGUAACUGUUCACCAACUUGUGAGAGUACAUUAAAUGAUACACUGAGAAACAAGAGUGGAUGAGUGGUUAUUAUUAAAUCACAUCUAUCACAUCUCUUUAUUUCAACACUUUGUAAAUAAAAGACAAGACUUGAAUGAA